GCGAGACUGCGACUAUCUGGACUGCUGGACUAUCGUUCGGGGUUACCUGAGAGGACAGGCGCUUGACGACAGAGUCCUGACAAGGUAAACAUGUCUCAUAAUGAUGAAGGAUAUGUGGUGCGGAUCCGUGGUUUACCCUGGUCAUGUACACAAGAAGAAGUGGCCUCCUUUUUCUCUGAUUGUGAUAUUGUAGGGAAAGUCAACGGGGUGUGUUUUACCUUCUCUAAAGAGGGAAGGCCGAGUGGAGAAGCAUUUGUGGAGCUGAAGUCAUCGGAAGACUUUAAAAAGGCUUUGGCAAAAGAUCGCAAAUACAUGGGUCACCGUUAUAUUGAAGUGUUCAGGUCAAACCUUAGUGAGAUGGACUGGGUGCUGAAACGUUCUGGUCCCACAGAUUAUGACAGCAGCAGUGGCUGCAUGUUACGUCUAAGAGGACUGCCGUUCGGCUGCAGUAAAGAAGAAAUCGUCCAGUUCUUUUCAGGGUUGAAAAUCGUGCCAAAUGGGAUAACAUUGCCGAUGGACUACCAGGGGAGGAGCACAGGGGAAGCCUUCGUGCAGUUUGCCUCAAAGGAGAUAGCAGAAAAGGCUCUGGGGAAACACAAGGAAAGAAUAGGGCACAGGUACAUAGAGAUAUUCAAAAGCAGCCGGAAUGAAAUGCGAGCGUACUAUGAAGUACCGAGGAGGAUUAUUGGACAGAGACCGAGUCCGUAUGACAGACCCAUGAUGGGACGCGGGAGCUUCUUCGGGCCCGGGCCUGGAAGAGGAGGUGCUGGACUGGACCAGAUGCGUAGCGGAAGCGGUUACAGUGGAGGAUAUGGUGGGUUCGACAACUACAAUGGCUUUAACAACUACUGUUUUGGUAAUGGCAUGUUUGAAGAGCGUGUGCGCGGUGACAGAGUAAGAGGAGGGACGGGAACUCACGGUUACAGCAGCGAUACAAACUCAGGCUUUCACAGUGGCCAUUUUGUGCACAUGAGAGGCCUACCGUUCAGAGCCACAGAAUCAGAUGUUGCUCAUUUCUUUGGUCCUUUAAACCCUGUAAGGGUGCACAUUGAUAUGGGGCCCAAUGGAAAGUCUACAGGAGAGGCAGAUGUUGAGUUCAGAUCUCAUGAAGAUGCAGUGUCCGCUAUGUCAAAAGACAAGAAUCACAUGCAGCAUCGUUACAUUGAGCUUUUCCUGAAUUCAACUUCGAGUGGGCCGUCUGAAAUGGGCCGUGGAGGUGGUUUCUAUAGCAGCUCUGGUGGGAUGAGCUCUAGAGGAAGUGCAUUAAGAGGGAUGUUCUGAAGACCGUUGCAAAACGCGCACUUUUCAACCCAAAGUUGGAGCUUCCAGCUUGGAAGGUCUUUUAAUACGAAUAUGUUUUACAUGUUCCUGUGAAAUACGCCCAAAAUAUUUUCCAAACUCGAAGAUAAUUACAUUUAAUAUACAUAAUAUGAGCUGUUGCAUAUAUAUUGACCGGCUACUGUACAUUUUGCUUAUUGAAUUUUAUAUGACAUAUUCUGUGUCGAGUUCUAUCUAAAGAUACAUGUAUUUUAGCUCAGAAAUUAGUAUGAAUAGCUUGAUGCCCAGGUUGCGCGUGCGUGUGUUUAAAGUUGCACUUUUAUUUAAUUUCCCAAAGCAAUAACAUCAUUUUGGAUGUUUACAUGUUUUUGCUGCUAGGUACAAAUUUCUAAUUGAAACCUGUGAAAUUUACACAUCCCUGGAAUAAAACAUUUUAUUGAUAAAUAUAUUUCAUUUUUCCCCAAAGAAUGUUUAUUGAAUGAAGUUGUAAUGCCAGAAUAAAAUGAGGUAUCUGGCUACUGGACUGAAUAAAAUCAUACGGCAUCAGCGCAUUUCUAUAGUAUAUUUUACAAUGACACUAAAGGAGUCGUGCAGCUCUAAACUACAGUUUUUCUACCAUUAAAAAGACUGUGGUCAGUAAGAAUUGUAAUGUUUCUGAAAGUCUCACCAGUGGUGCAUUUGUUUGAUCAAAAACUAAUUAUAAUAAUGCCAUUUAUUUCUGUAAUGGUAAAGCUACAUGAUCUUGAGGAAGCAAAAUAAUCCGACAUGCUUCUUUUGUCCUUAAUGUUGAAAACAGCCAUUUUCAUGAAUACUAUAAACAUUUUUAGGGCUUUUUGAGGAACAGAAAAAUUUAAAGUACAGCAUUUAUUUUUAAUAGAAAUCUUUUAUAAAUGUCUGUUUGAAACUAAAAAGCUUAGUGUAAUAUUCUAAAGCAUCAGUGAAUCAAACUUGCUGAAUCGGACUUAUCCAAUUUGAUAGUUCAUCCUUUUUUAGCAAGCAAAAGGGCCAAAAGUAUAUAUAUUUUUUUUUAAUCAUGCUAAAAUGUAUGAAAUGACACAUCAGGAUUCUCUAAUUAAACUGCAUCAUAAUUUCCCCACACUGAAAACUGGAGCUUUGAUUCGAAAACGUUUAAAUGUAUUGAGGUAUGUUCUGUAUACAUGUGUAUUUUUGAUUUUUUUUUUGCUAGUUUAGGCCUCUGAAUAAAAAUGAGCUUUUCCCCCUCCACAAAUGUGAGCUCUGUUUCUGCUACAUCAUUUUAAAGAGAUAUAUAAAUGACGUAUAUAUUCUAUUUGAUACUGCAAGAUGUGCAAAGGUCUAAAUGUUUAAUAAACUGUUCAAGUACUGUAAA